AUUCUAAAUUCAGAUUAGUAAAAAAUAAGGGAUAAAAAAUGUAAAGAUUUAAAAAUAUAAUAAAUGUAGCUGAAAAACCAUCAGUAGCAAAAGAAGUAACGAAAAUACUUAGUAAAGGUAGACAUUCAAAUAUUUAAAGUGAAUCGAAAUUUAAUCCAAUAUAUAAAUUUAAUUAUUAAUUAUAUUAGCAACCGGUUAAUAUGUUAUUUACAUCAGUUACGGGACAUAUCAUUUAAACAAAAUUUGAUGACAAAUUUAAAAAUUGGACUUAAGUAAAUCCUCAAAUAUUACUAGAUCCAAAUACAGAAAUUUUAAGAUUUAUAGCAGAAGAUAAGAAAAAAAUAGAAGAAAAUCUUAAAAUAAUCUCACGGGAUGCAGAUACACUUAUUUUAUGGUUAGAUUGUGAUAGAGAAGGAGAAGCAAUAGCAUAUGAAGUUAUUGAUAUUUGUUAAUCUAUUAAUAGAAAUUUAUAAAUAAAAAGAGCUUAAUUUUCUUCUUUAGAUUAUUAAAAUAUUAAUCGUGCAAUAAAUAAUUUAAGAGAACCAAAAAAAGAAUUAAAUGAUGCUGUUUAAGCACGAAUAGAAAUUGAUUUAAGAAUCGGGGCUGCAUUUACACGCUUUUAAACAAUAAAUUUAUAAAACAAAUUUUAAUCCUUAAAGUAAAGCAAAGAAAUAAUAAGCUAUGGACCUUGUUAAUUUCCAACUUUAGGGUUUGUUGUUGAAAGAUACAAUCAAAUUUAAUUAUUUAAAGAAGAAAAAUUUUGGUAUAUAUAAGGGAGUUUUACAUGGAAUGAAGGCUAAUAAUAAUAUAUUUGUGACCUAAAAUGGGAAAGAGUAAGAUUAUAUGAUUAAGAAGUAGCAUCUUUAUUUUAUAUAUAAUGUACUCAUGAUGAAAGAAAUUAAUUCAACCCAAAAGGGAUAGUAGUUAAAAAAAUAGAAAAAGAAACAAAAAAUAAAAACCUUAUCCAUUAACUACAGUUAAUUUAACAAAAUAAGGUUGCGCAUUAUUAAGAAUGGGUUCUGAAAAAAUAAUGUAAAUAGCCGAACAUUUAUAUUAGAAUGGCUAUAUAAGUUAUCCAAGGACUGAAACAAAUAAAUAUCCUCCUGGAAUGUCAAACGAUAUAUUAAAAUAGUUAGUAUAAUUAUAAAAAGAGUCAUAAGAUUGGGGAUUUAUUGCAUCUAAAAUCGAAGAAAACUUUUAAAGACCAAAAUAAGGAAAUUAAACAGAUGAAGCCCAUCCUCCGAUUCACCCAAUUAAACUUGCUUAAAGAAACGAAUUAAAGCCUGAAGAAUGGAAAGUAUAUGAAUUUAUAACUCGUCAUUAUCUUGCUACAUGCAGUGAAGAUGCCAUAGGAGCUAAAACUGAAAUAGAUAUACUAUUUAAUUAAGAGAAGUUUACUAUUUCAGGAUUAGCGAUAAAAUCUCGUAAUUACUUAGAUGUAUGGGUUUACGAAAAAUGGGAAAAUUCAAUUGUACCUAAUUUCUUGA